GUCUUUCGGCAAGGCAUGGCCACGUUCAGCACAAAAGAAUGAAGAAGAAAUCGAACCCCGGAAAGAUUCGCGAUAAUUCAAAGAGUAAUUGUUCGUUGAGCAAGCCCGGUCUUGCAACAUGUAUUAUGAUGUCUGGUGCUAAUGUCAGCAUAGCUUAGUAACAUGUCUGGGUCUUUCACCUCUCGUUGGUUCCAUUGUCGUGUACCCAAAGAUUCCUAUACAUUUUGCUCCUGUGUCUUUAGCUGAUAGAAACAGAGGACCGUCUGUCGUCCGGGCAAGGCGAUGGAGGGGAUGAAGAUGCCCAAGGCAGUGAUCGUUGGGGGCAGCAUAGCGGGGCUGUCGUGCGCCCACGCGCUCCGACUCGCCGGCUGGGAGGCGGUGGUGCUGGAGAAGUCCGGCGAGCCACCAAACAAAAGCCCCACCGGAGCCGGUCUUGGGCUUGACCCCACUGCCCGGCAGUUUAUCGAAUCGUGGAUCAAUCAGCCUGAGCUUCUGGACCAUCUCACUCUUCCUCUAUCCAUUGAUCAGAACGAAGCAACAGAUCCAGAGAAGAAGGUGAGUUGGACCCUGACUAGAGAUGAGGACUUCGGCUUCCGAGCAGCACACUGGGCUGAUCUCCAUGGCCUUCUGCACGCUGCUUUACCACCGGAGACCAUAAAGUGGGGCCACCUCUUCCUCUCUUUCGCCCUCUCCGAUGACAGGUCCGAGGUCAGUGUGAAGGCCCAAGUCCUCCAUACGGGCGAUACGGUUGAGAUAUCUGGGAACUUGCUUGUUGCAGCAGACGGAUGCCUCUCCUCCAUCCGGCAGACUUUCCUUCCCGAGCUUAAAUUGAGGUACUCAGGUUAUUGUGCUUGGAGAGGGAUUCUCGACUUCUCAGGACAGGAGGAUUCAGAAACAAUAAUCGAAAUCAAGAAGGCUUAUCCUGAUCUAGGGAAGUGUCUGUACUUUGAUCUUAGUUCCGGGACUCACAGUGUGCUUUAUGAGCUCUUGAACAAGCGGCUUAAUUGGAUAUGGUACAUCAAUCAACCCGAGCCAGAACUGAAGUUGCAGAAGAACUCAGUGACGAUGAAAGUAAACCGAGAAAUGAUCGAGAAGAUGCACCAGGAAGCAGAGAAAGUGUGGCGCCCUGAGCUCGCGAGGCUUAUGAAGGAAACGAGCGAUCCCUUCAUAAAUGUCAUAUACGACGCUGACCCUCUGGAGAAGAUUUUCUGGGACAAUGUGGUUCUCGUGGGAGAUGCAGCCCAUCCUACGACUCCCCAUGGUCUCAGGAGCACCAACAUGUCGAUAUUGGAUUCCGCGGUGCUGGGAAUUUGCCUCAGGAAAUGGGGAUCAGAGAAUCUGAGGUCGGGUAUCGAGGAGUACCAGAAGGUUCGGAUUCAAGCAACUUUGAAGCAGGUCUUGCAUUCGAGAAAACUCGGGCGGUUAAAGCAAGGACUACCUCUAGACAACGGCAAAAACUUUGAUCCAAGGAAGUCGGGUCCUAAGGAGUGGGAAGAGCUUAAGCAGAAGAACAUGCCCUUCUUCAAUGGUGUUCCCUUGCCAGACUACUCAGUGUGAUGCUUUUUUCACCAAGACUUAAAAAAGAAAGAUGAUGAGUAAUUUAAGACUUCCACACAUAAUUACAAUUUUUUCAAAUUUAAAGUAAAAUGCCAAAAUUUAUUCA